AUGUCUCACUUAGGCAGGAAAAUCCUCAAUGUGGUGCCUAUGCUUCUUGUCUUCUCCUUAGGAUUUUUCAUGGGCAUGAUCUCCGACUCCAAAUUCCCAAACUUCUACAUCCCUUUCGUUCCACCAAUGCCCUCUCCUGCACUUCCUUUGCCACAGCUGCCUGUGUCAUCACAAUCUCCACCCUUGCAACCUAUACCGCCGCCGCCACCAUCACUACAACUGCAAGUGGCAGAGGUGAUGCGCUUCUUGGUGCCAAAGAGCGCCAUGCACAACAUGACUGACGAGGAGCUGUUCUGGUGGGCAUCCAUGGCACCGAAAGUCCGGAGCAUGCUGUUCCACCGUGUGGCAAAGGUUGCCUUCUUGUUCCUGACAAGAGGGAACCUGCCUUUGUGGCCUUUGUGGGAGAUGUUCUUCAAUGGGCACGAUGGCCUGUACUCCAUCUAUGUGCACACUGAUCCUUCCUACACUGGUUCGCUUCCGGAGGAGUCCGUGUUCUAUGGUCGCAUAAUACCAAGCCAGAAAAUGAUGUGGGGGGAUAUGUCCCUUGUGGCGGCGGAGCGCCGGCUCCUGGCAAACGCCUUGCUAGACCUCAGCAACGAGCGCUUCGUGCUGCUCUCUGAGUCGUGCAUCCCCCUCUACGACUUCCCCACGGUGCACGCUGUCCUCACCGGCUCCAACACCAGCUUUGUGGACAGCUUCGUGAACCACGACAGCGAGGUGCGCUACAACCCCUUCUUCGCCGACCGCAGCAACAUCACCCUUGCGCAGUGGCGCAAGGGCACCCCAUGGUUUGAGAUGGACCGUGCCCUCGCCGUUGAGGUCAUCUCCGACGACACCUACUUCCUAGCGUUCCGUGAGUACUGCGCUGUCCAGCCGGCCUGCCUCAUGGACGAACACUACAUCCCAACUCCGCUGAGCUUGAUCGGGUGGAUGCACAACGCCAAUCGGACGCUCACGUACGCGGACUGGAGGAUUGGGGAAGUGCACCCACAGACGUACGGGAGAGAUGACGUGACAGAGGAUCUGAUCAGGAAGAUCAGGGGAGGCGCUGGCAGUGGCAGGAACUGCACCUACAAUGACGGAGCGAAUGGGACCUGCUACCUGUUUGCGCGCAAGUUCGCACAUGAUGCGCUCGAGCCGCUGUUCCGAUUGAAUCCCAAGGUUAUGGGGUUUGGGUGA